AUGUGGGUUGAGAAACAUGUAGAGUUAUUACCAAAGGUAAAAGCUUUUUCGUCUUCGGUGGGUAAAGAAACAUUGAUAGACAAGCCGGAACAAAGGACCGUAUUCACGGAUUUCCGAAAUCCCCUCAGUUUUGCUUCUUUCAAAAAACCACAAUAUAACGACAAUGAGGAAAGUUCCAUCGUGCAAGUUAACGAAGCCUCAAGAAAACGACCUCGAACCAAUUCUUCUACAAGGGAAACUACAAAACCUGAGACUACUUCAAAACCCUCUUUUACCAUAACUCCCAUUCCUACGAAUUCAGUGUUAUCGGAAGAUGAGCUUAAUAAACUACAAGCUAAAGCUUUACGCGCAAGUAUGUUAGGGCUACCGGACGCAGAUUCACUCGAGGAAGAGUUUCAAAAAGAGAAAAAAAGAUUUGAAAAUAGGAACAAUUCCAAAACAGAAAUAUUGCCUAUGAUCGAUAGUCGUGGUCGAAUCUACGAUACUGGUGAUUUAGCGAGUGCAGAAACAUCAAAGCAUUCAGUAUCAGCACGUCGUAAAAAAGAAAAGUAUGAGACACACGAUGAAAGCGGGAAACGUAUUAGAUACCAUAAAGAUGAUGAUGCGCUUACAUUAGAAGAUUUGGUGCGUCAAGAGCGAUUAGGGUUUCGAGAAAGUAUGGACUCACAAGUAGCCAGUAGAAUUAUUAAGGAUUCGACAUUCAAGGAUGAUUUAGAGUAUAUGGACGAGCAAGCUGAUAAGAUUGCCAAGACCACGGAAAAAACUGCACAACAAAAACGUGAAUUCGUUAUUAGAGAUCACGAGAAAUCAAAACAAGCUAUUGAAGGAUGUGCGUAUUGUCUUAAAGAUAAUUCACUACCACAAGCACAGAUGGUUUCCUUAGGAGUAAAAACAUAUCUUGCAUUACCUAGCGUCAAAGAAAUGUGUGAAGGUCAUUGUUUGAUUGUGCCUGUCGAACAUUGUUUGACUACUUUAGAUUGUGAAGAUGAUAAUUUCAUGAAAUGUUUGAUUCAAAUGUUUGCUGAAGAGAAUCGAGGCGUAAUUUUUAUGGAGACGGUAGUAAAUUUAAAAUGGCAAAAGCAUACAUAUAUUGAAUGUAUUCCCAUGCCAAUAGAUUUACUUGACGAUGCACCCGCUUACUUUAAGGAAGCCAUUUUAUCAAGCGAAGGAGAUUGGUCUCAGAAUAAAAAAUUAAUAAACACGACCAAAGAACGAGGAUUCCGUCAAUCUAUGGUCAAAGAAUUACCUUAUUUUCAUGUCUGGUUUGGUUUAGACAAAGGCUUUGGGCAUGUAAUCGAAAAUGAUCGAAAAUUCCCAGCUUGGUUUGGAAAGGAAAUAGUCGCCGGAAUUUGUGAUCUCCCUCCUGAUGUUUGGCGACGACCGAAGAAAUUAAAUCAUCGAGAUAGUCAUCGUCAUCAACGCAUUCAAGAUUUUUUAAAGAAAUGGAAAAAAUGGGAUUGGACAAAGAUGUUAGAGGGUGGUGAAUAUUGA